UGAGGAAUGCUGUGCUGCCUUCCCCAUGGCCUCAUCUUUUUCUGACUGUAACAUCAUUCCAACUACAGAGAAGCCAUCUGUGUGUAAUCAGUGUGGAAAAUCUUUCAGCUGUUGUAAGCUCAUACACCAGAGAACACACACUGGAGAAAAGCCCUUCGAAUGUACUCAGUGUGGGAAAUCUUUUAGCCAGAGCUAUGACCUUGUCAUACAUCAGAGGACACACACUGGAGAGAAGCCCUAUGAGUGUGACCUGUGUGGGAAAUCCUUCACCCAGAGAUCCAAACUUAUUACGCAUCAGCGAAUUCACACUGGAGAAAAACCGUAUCAGUGUAUUGAAUGCGGAAAAUGCUUUAGGUGGAAUUCUAACCUCAUCGUACAUCAGAGAAUUCAUACUGGAGAGAAACCGUAUGAGUGCACUCACUGUGGAAAGUCCUUCAGCCAAAGCUAUGAGUUAGUUACACAUAAAAGAACCCACACUGGAGAAAAGCCCUUCAAAUGUACUCAGUGUGGGAAAUCUUUCAGCCAGAAGUAUGACCUUGUCGUACAUCAGAGGACACACACUGGAGAGAAGCCCUAUGAGUGCAACCUGUGUGGGAAAUCCUUCUCCCAGAGUUCCAAACUUAUUACACAUCAGCGAAUUCACACUGGAGAAAAACCGUAUCAGUGUAUCGAAUGUGGGAAAUCCUUCAGGUGGAACUCUAACCUCGUCAUACAUCAGAGAAUUCAUACUGGAGAGAAACCAUACGAUUGCACCCACUGUGGAAAGUCCUUCAGCCAAAGCUAUCAGUUAGUUGCACAUAAAAGAACUCACACUGGAGAAAAGCCCUAUGAAUGUAACCAGUGUGGAAAAGCCUUCAAUCGAAGCACUCAGCUCAUCAGGCAUCUGCAAAUUCACACUGGGGAGAAGCCGUACAAAUGCAAUCAGUGCAAUAAAGCCUUUGCGAGGAGCUCCUACCUUGUGAUGCAUCAGAGAACUCACACUGGUGAGAAACCUUUUGAGUGCAGUCAGUGUGGGAAAGCCUUUUCAGGGAGCUCUAACCUUCUUUCCCAUCAGAGAAUUCAUUCUGGAGAGAAACCCUACGAAUGUAGUGACUGUGGGAAAUCCUUCCGGCAGCGAUGUCAGCUUGUAGUGCAUCAGCGGACACAUAUUGGAGACAAACCUUAGGAGUGCAGUCAUUGUGGGAAAGCUUUCAGCCAGAGGUCUCCCCUCAUCGUGCACCAGAGGACACAUGUUGGUAGGAAGAGCUAUCAGUGCAACAUGUGUAUUAAGGCCUUGAGCCAGCGGUUGCAACUCAUUGAACAUCAGAGAACACAUCCUGGAGGAAAGCCCUAUGAAUGCACUGAUUGUGGGAAAGCCUUCAAUGAUCGCUCAACCCUUAGUAAACACGAGAGGACACACACUGGAGAGAAACCCUAUGAAUGUGACCACUGCGAGAAAGCCUUUAACCAAUGGUGUCAACUUACUAGUCAGCAGAGAAUUCAUACUGGAGAGAAGCCCUAUGAAUGUUAACAAAUGUGGAAAAGCUUCCAGUUAUGAUACUUCCCUUAUUCAAAAUGAGAAAGCUCACAGGCAAGAAACUCUGUAAAUAACCAAGAUGGAGCCAGAUGCAGUUGCCAACACCUGUAAUCCCAGUACUUUGGGAGGCUGAGGCAGGUGGAUUGCUUGAGCCCAGGAGUUUGAGACCAGCCUGGGUAACAUGGCAAAAUCCUGUCUACAAAAAAUACAAAAAUUAGCCUAGCAUGGUGGCGCAUAUCUGUAGUCUUAGCUACUUAAGAGGCUGAGGUGGGAGGAUCACUUGAGCUUGGGAGGCAGCGGUUGCAGUGAGCUGUGAUCCUUCCAUAACACUGCUGCCUUGUGAAAGAGUGAGACACUCUAAAUAAAUAAUAACCAAGAUGAGAAAUCUCCCUGCCAGACCCUGUUUACUAGAAAUCAGGUGGCCAAAACAUGACUCUCAGAGUGGGGCUUCAUGACCGUGUGCAUCAGAAUUGCCUGGCGUGUGCACUGAAACUGUGUAUUACCAAGCUCAUUCUAGCCAACUAAAUACAAAUUUCUGUUAGUAAAA